UCAAUGUACGAAAUGCGAAUAUGGACAGCAGUGCCUCCUUAUCUUUCGGUUCUCAAUGUACGACAUAAAACUGGUAUCCAAUGCAAUGCAAAUGUCGUCCCUUCAAGCUUGCAAAUAAAACUUGUGACAGGUAGUGCUCAUCAUCCGCGGAUCUCGAAUGAUAGAUGACAACCACCACAACUAUGCAGCUCAAUGGAACCGAUUAAUAAUUCUACCGUGACGUACGCGUGUAUUCGCGAUACACUAUAUACCGCAGCCAUGUCUUUGGAUAAUUCUCGCUUCCUUAGACGCCAUCUUGACCAUGCCCGCAGGAAAAAUCUCGGUGGACAUUUAUCAGAGCAUUGCGACGAUAACCUUGAAUGAACCUCACCGUCUGAAUGCGAUGACACUGGAAGACUACGACGAAUUUGCCAACUCUUUGCGGGCCAUCGAUAAAAGAGAAGACAUAGUAGCAACUGUAUGGCAAGCAAAUGGGAGGUGGUUCUGUGCUGGCGGGGACGUGGCGCAAGCGGUAACAGUAGGCAGGAACCCUGACGUUCCGAACACUCCGACUCAAUCCUCGAUGAGGGAUUGCCUCCAUGAGGUAGUGGCUGCAAACACGGAUUGCACACACGCCAUCUAUAGCCACAGCAAGAUUCUUGUUGCAGCACUAAAUGGGCCGGUGAUGGGCUUGGCAGCUGCUUUCCUUGGUAACUUUGAUUUCAUAUACGCUGUGCCAGAGGCCUGGUUGAAUGUCGGCUUCCCAUUCAUGGGCAUUGCGGCGGAAGGAGGAGCUAGUGUUUCGUUUGUCAACCGCAUGGGAAUCACCAAGGCAAACGAGGUUCUUAUUCUUAACAAGAAGAUUAGCGCAUCAAAGAUGCUUGAAUGUGGAUUCGUCAACAAGAUUUUUCUAUCGAAAUCAACAGAAGAAUUCCACUCUGCAGUUCACCAACAUCUCAAGAAGGAACUCGAUGGUCUAGUUCCUGCCUCUAUUUUCGUCAUCAAAGCCCUCAUCAAAACUGGUUUGAAUGAUAAGAACGAUUUCCACGCUGUAAAUUUGCGGGAGAGUUACGCACAAGCGGACAUGUUUAGUAGUGGAAUACCUGCUGAACGCUUCAGCAAGAUCGCCAAGAAAGAAAUUAGGCAUAAACUUUGAUUUAUCCCCGACUCCCACGAAGUGUGGAGAGGGAUUCUGUAGACCUCAAAUGACCAUUUCUCUGCAAACGUGUGCAACUUUGCAUUGCCACGAAUCAGCUUUUACUUGUAUUUUCACGAUUCGUUCCGAUGUAUUGAAUAAAUUUUACACCAUUAAAGGUCUUUCGCUCGUUGGUACAAAACCUCAAUCCUCUUGCUAUGUACGGCAGCUCCCCUUUCAGCGCUUGCUUGUACUAUUUGACGUUUCUGCAUUCUCGCCCCCUACCAUGCAAUUUAUCGUGAAGGCUCCAUGCCGCGCCGCUCGACAAGCACGACUGCUCACCACCUUCAAUCAUUGUGACAUAAAUGAUUCGCAUAGAAGCUUCGAGCUUAGUU